AUGCUCGACGGUGCAAAAGCCAAAGCGAUUCUCAAAGUGUUGCAGGGAUGCAACAGCUUCACGAGGCUACGCAAAAUCCAGGCGCAAGUGAUCGUCUGUGGCCUCCACUGCGAUCCCUCCAUUUCUACCCAGCUUCUCAGAUUCUGCGCCGUCUCCGUCUCGGGCUCCUUGGCUCACGCACAACUCCUAUUCGAUAAAAUGCCCGACCCGCCUACUCAGGCUUGGAAUUCCAUCGUAAGAGGCUUUUCCCAGAGCCAUUCCCCUCUUUUAGCUCUCGCUUACUACAACCGCCUGCUCUCUGACUCUCUUCUAGCUCGCCCCGACACUUUCACCUUCACCUUCGCUCUCAAGGCGGUGGAGAAACUCAAGGCUCUACCCAAGUGCAGGGAGAUUCAUGGGUCCAUUAUCACAACUGGGUACGGACGUGAUACUGUGGUCUGCACUGCUCUGACUAGAUGUUACGCAAAGAAUGGGAGUUUAGAAGAUGCGCGCUUUCUGUUUGAUAAAAUGCCUGAGAGAGACUUGGUUGCCUGGAACGCAAUGAUCUCGUGCUACUCACAGGCGGGCCGCCAUGAAGAGGCGAUGGAGAUGUAUGAAAGAAUGAGGAAUGAGAAUGUGGGUCUUGAUGCGUUCUCGAUCGUUGGGUUGCUUUCUUCUUGCGCUCAUGUAGGGGCUCUAGGAUUGGGAGUUCAGUUGCACAGGAUUGCUUGUGAUACAGGGUUGGUUAGAAACGUGUUUGUGGGGAACGCUCUGAUUGAUAUGUAUGCCAAAUGUGGUAGCUUGGAUGAUGCCCUUUCUAUCUUCACAGGGAUUAGAAGGAGAAGGAGGGAUGUCUUUACCUGGAACUCCAUGAUUCAUGGGUUUGGAGUCCAUGGACUUGGUAAUGAUGCCAUCUCUUUCUUUGAGCAGAUGUUGGCAGCUGGAAUGCGCCCUAAUUCGAUCACUUUCCUGGGCUUGCUGUGCGGCUGUAGCCACCAAGGUUUAGUACGAGAAGGUGUUGAUUACUUCCACCAAAUGAGCUCUAAAUUCAAUCUCACACCAGGUAUCAAACAUUAUGGCUGCUUGGUGGAUUUAUAUGGCCGAGCUGGUAACCUUGAUAAGGCACUGGAGACUAUAGAAACUUCCCCAUCACGGGACGAUCCAGUCCUGUGGCGAAUCCUACUGGGCUCCAGUAAAAUCCAUAAGAAUGUGGCCAGUGGAGAGAAAGCGUUGAGGAAUUUGAUGAGACUCGGGGCAGUAACUGCAGGGGAUUGUGUCUUGCUUUCAACCAUUUAUGCUGGAGCAAACUACCUCUCUGGGUUCGCCAAAAUGAGGAAACUGAUCAAAACCCUUGGGGUGAAGACCACUCCUGGUUGGAGCUGGAUCGAGAUCUCUAACCAAGUUCACAAGUUUGUCGUUGAUGACAAGUUACAUCCUGAUAGCAUGCAAGUCUAUGAGAAACUUGAGGAAGUUACGAAACGAGCUACGUCGGCUGGGUAUGUGAAGGAGGAGCCUGUAAUACUGAACCUUCCCGGAUCUUGGUCUGAAGGAGGGUGUUCAGAGACUCCGAGUUCAUGCCACAGCGAGAAGCUAGCGAUUGCUUACGGAUUGGCAAGAACUCCCGAAGGUACAAGCCUGCGCAUAGUUAAAAACCUGAGGGUUUGUAAAGAUUGUCAUUCGUUUACAAAGUUUGUAUCCAAGGCAUUCAAUAGAAGCAUAGUUGUGAGGGAUAGAGUUCGAUUUCAUCACUUCGUGGACGGAGUGUGUUCGUGUGGAGAUUACUGGUGA